AUUAACCCCAAAAGCAAAUUAAUUUUUUAAAAUAUAGUGCAAUGUAUUUGUUUUAGUUGCUAGUAUGGUUGUAUGGUGAAUAUUAAUUGAUAAACAAAAAUUAUUAAAUAUGUCUCUUAAAUCAGUGAAAUACCCAGAAUUAGAUGAAAUUUCUAAUUUAACUGGUGUAAAUAUAUGGCAACAGUCUCAAGAAGUACUUGAGCAGCAGGCAUUACAUGAAAUUGAAACAUUUUCUGACAAGAAGACAUUUAUAAAUAAUACAGAAGAAGGAGAAAUUAUUGACAUUAAGAUCAAAAACACAAAAGGUGAUAUUGACCUCGACAUACAAGCAUUUAUUAAAAAGCAGGAAGAAUUACAAAAAAUACAACAGCAUAAAAAGAUAUUUGGAGUAAGUGAAAGGAGUAGAUCCAUUGCAAAUCAAAUUUCACUUAACAAAGAAAAUCAUAAAUUAAGAAAGAGAAAAUUAUUGGUUAACAAUAGUACUAAGUCCAAGAAAAUAAAAUUACAUAAAACUGACAAAAAUCAGGAGACUGAAUGUAGUAGUACAAAUGAAAAAUUAACAAUAAGUGUUACAUCUAACAAAAAUAAGUGUAGCAGAAAAUGCCAAUAUGUUGGACAUCAAGAAAAGGAGCAUACUUAUUCAGAUGAUGAGGGGAUUGGAGAUAGUUUAUCUAAUUAUCCUCCAUCUGAUGAUGAAUACAUUCCUUCAGAAGGACCUUCAGAUGAUUCAGACUAUGAAAGAAAAAAGAGUGACACAAAAAAAGAAAGCAAAGAUAAAACUAUUAAUGUGAAAAAAAUUAAAGAUGAUGGUUGCCUUAAAGCAUACAAAACUAGGCUGAACUUGUAUUAUGAAAAUUUAGAAAAAGAAAAACUUAUUUUGCUUCAUAAUGAUUAUGAAGGACUAGAAGAUGUUAUACUUCAAGGAGGGUUAAAAAUAACUGCAAAAACAUGGGCAAAUUUAUACAGUUAUCAACAAGAAGGAAUAGAAUGGUUGUGGAAACUACAUCAAAAUGAGGUUGGUGGACUGUUGGGAGAUGAAAUGGGUCUUGGGAAAACAGUCCAAGUAAUUGUUUUUCUUAUGUCCUUGCAGUAUAGUACCAUUGUAGGAAGAUACAGAGGCCUCGGUCCAACACUAAUAGUAUGUCCAGCUACAAUACUUUAUCAGUGGGUUCAGCACUUCUGGGAAUGGGCACCAGAAAUAAGAGUUGCAGUACUACAUCACACAGGUUCAUUUAUAGGCAAUAAAAGUAAAUUAAUUAAAGAGAUAAACAAGGAUAAAGAAAUAUUCCGCAAGAUAGAAAUUUCGAAUGCAUAUGCGAAAUACGACGUAGUACUUUCACGUAGUAAAGUAUUUGCAAAAAGANUUCCUGGAAUUCUAGGAACUCUUCAAACAUUCAUGCAACAUUUUGCUAACCCUAUUGUCCAGGGUGGAUAUUAUAAUGCCUCGCAAAUGCAAGAAGCGACUGCACAAUCAGUUGCGACCACAUUAAAAGAAAUAAUAUCUCCCUAUUUUUUACGAAGAUUGAAAAGCGAAGUACAACGAUGUAUACAACUACCUUGUAAGACAGAGCAAGUACUUUUUUGUUCAUUAACUGAUGAACAGUAUGAUUUAUACAAAGGUUAUAUAAUGAGUGAACAUGUUAAUCAAAUACUGGGAAGGGGAAAAAAGAAAUGGUAUUCUGAAAAUUUUAUGCGUGCUAAUGUUCUCGUAGCUAUCACAACUUUAAGGAAAAUUUGUAAUCAUCCAGAUUUGUAUCUUGAAGAUGCCGAUGAUGAAGCAAGAAUUUCAGAUGAUAAUCUUCCUGUUGAGGAGCGGUUAGGUUUUUACAAACGUUCCGGGAAGAUGGUUGUUGUCUCGGCACUCCUGAAGAUGUGGAAAAUACAGAAACAUCGUGUAUUACUGUUCACUCAAACGAGAGGAAUGAUCGAAAUAUUUGAAAUGUUUCUUUUGCAACAAGGUUAUAAUUAUUUAAAAAUGGACGGAAGCACAUCUGUUACGUCAAGGCAGUCCCUAAUUGAAAAUUUCAACAAGAAUGAGUCUAUAGAUGUGUUCUUGCUUACUACGAGGGUGGGUGGAUUGGGGAUUAAUUUAACAGGGGCAAAUCGAGUUAUUAUUUAUGAUCCUGAUUGGAAUCCAGCUACUGACACACAGGCGCGUGAAAGAGCAUGGAGAAUAGGUCAAGAAAGACAAGUAACUAUAUACAGGCUUGUUUCUGCAGGCACAAUUGAGGAAAAGAUGUAUCAAAGGCAAAUAUGGAAACAACUUUUAAGUAACAAAGUUUUGUUGGAUCCUAAAACCCAGAAAUUUUUCAAAACUUCUGAUUUACACGACCUUUUCUCGUUACAAGACCAAAAUAAGUAUUCCAAACCUGAAACGACGAAUAUUUUUAGAGAUUCUGUGAUCAAUAUGCAAGAACGUCUUGAACAGAAAAAACUGAAAAAGACUGAAUCUAAAAAGAAGAGAAGUGAAACUUCAGUUGCUUUUUCCGAAGAAAAAAUUGUGCAGAUGAAACAGUUAGCAAAAAAGAUUUCUCAAAAUAUAAAAAUGAAUGAAAGUAACGAGAAAACACCAAACACACUCAGUCAAUUAGAAAUUGAGCAAGAAAAGGAGCAAAAACUGAGGGAAAAAGAAAAAUUAAAAGAAUUAACUCCUAGUGAAUUGCUUACGUACAAUCGUAAAAAAUUACGUCCUAAAGAAGUUGUUAAUAAUACUGUGGAUGAUGAGAAAUUGGCAAAUUUUACAUUCGAAAAAGCAUUGCAAUACUCUGAAAAAACUGCAAAAUUGUACAAUAACUUGAAAAUAGGAAAAAUUAAAGAAAAAGCAUUGUGUAACGAAAUUCUAAAGAAAAAAUCCGAUCAACAAACUUCUGCAGAAAAUAAAAAUGAAAGAUAUUCUAAAAAAAAUAAAAACAAAUCAAUUAAGAUAGAUACUACAGGAACUAUAGAAGGCGAAAAAAUUGAGGGGCUUGUAAAGCUAGAAGUAAAAAAGAUAAAAACGAUGAAAACAGCAAAUGAAUGUCAAGACAUGUUUAUACUGGAGAAGCUAUUUGCUAAAAAAGGUGUUCAUUCGGCCUUAAAACACGAUGAAAUUGUCACUACUUCAAGUUCAUCUGAAUCAGAUAGACUAAGAAUUAAUUCAGAGGCUAAAAGAAAAGCAGAUCUGGCAUUAGAUGCUCUCAGAAAAUCUCGACUUAACAAAUGGAGGUGGUAAUCUUUCCAGGUUAUGUUUAUUUCAUGGAUACAGUACGAAUUACUGCAUUUAUAAAGGUAAUUUUUAAAGCAUUUGUUGUAGGUAUGUUUAAAUUGUUUUUUCGGUUUAAGUAUUUAAAUACUGCUAAAAUGCACAUGAAAAUAUUUGGAAAAAUUAAAUGAAAAUAGCGUUAAAAAAAAAGAUAGUACUGAUUAUCUUAAUCGGCAUUUUUUGAUAAAAAUACUCAUUAAUAAUAUAAUUUAUGGAAGUAUUUCUUUUAAUGUAAUAAUUCGUUGUUGAGACUUCAGCAAAAACCGAUAGUACUAUUUAACUAAAUGUCUUGCUGUGUUUUUAUUUCAUAAAACACUUCACUUUUAGCCGAAUUCAGUAUCAUUUCAUAAUUUAUAUUAUUGUAUUAUCUUCAAAUGUGAUAUUUUUCAUGUUUAUGUGAUAGUUUGAUCGACUCGUUAAUACAAUAAAAUUUUUUUUUUUA